AUGGAAGACCUGCCCGGAUUCACUCGCAGCGUGGUGGCGAGGGACCAUGCCCUGAUCACACCAGAAAGCCGAGUAUUCAGCCCUCUGCCCGGAUGGGAAAACACUCUCUCAGCACACCUGGUUACCCCUGCCAUUGGCGCACACUUUGCCAUGUCCCUGCUUCGGCUCUCAGGCAACGCGUCUUCCGCCCCUCCAGUGGCUGGAGUGGAGAGGUUUGUGUUUGUGGUAUCAGGGCAAGUCAGCUUCACUCAGUACGGAACUCCAGGAGGAGAGACUACUGAGGGAGGGGCGGCCAAUGAGUGCUCGACAGCUGGCGAUGCUGGAACCACCUGCUCAAGCUCCAUUGUUCGGCAGGAGGAGCUUAUGGACGACUCUUAUCUCUUUCUGCCACCAAAUACGCCCCACGCAUUGGCCUCUGCAUCUGGAGCUACACUCGUUCUCAUCGAACGCAGGUACUGCCCUAUCUCGGGCCUCGCUACAGCAUCAGGGGUGGAGAGCGGUUCAGAGGGGUUGGCGGUGGUGGUGGGACAGACGCACAAGCAACCCAUCCUGCCAGUCCCUGGGGAGGUUUUUGCUCUUCGCAAGCUGCUUCCCACCACCAUUGCCUAUGACUUCAAUAUUCAUAUCAUGGAUUUUGAACCUGGGGAAUUCCUUAAUGCGAAGGAGGUGCAUUACAAUCAGCACGGACUGCUGCUGCUGGAAGGGCGGGGAAUAUACCGCUUGGCUGAUAGCUGGUAUCCCGUCCAAGCAGGCGACGCCAUUUGGAUGGCCCCUUUUGUUCCCCAAUGGUAUGCAGCACUCGGCAAGACCCGGUCACGAUAUCUCCUUUACAAGGACGUCAACCGCGACCCGCUGCUCCAUCCGUCUUGUUGA